UCAAACUAGAAGUUUCAUAUGAGCUACAGGAGAGAAAACUGGAAAACUCCCACACUGCUGCUUAAAGCUGCUGACGCUCCACACACUGAAUCUUCACUCACAGACUCAAUGGCUUCCAGAUCAGUGGACGAUCUCUGCUGUCCGGUGUGUCAGGAGGUCUUCAGAGAUCCUGUUAUUCUGUCAUGUAGCCACAGCUUCUGUAAAGACUGUCUGAAGAGAUGGUGGAGAAAGAAAACAACACAUGAGUGUCCAGUUUGUCAGAGAAGAUCUUCAGGGAAUGAUCCACUUGUAAACCUGGCUUUAAAGAACCUGUGUGAGUUGUUCUUAGAAGACGGAGAUCAGAGAGCUUCAGAGGCUCUCUGCAGUCUGCACUAUGAGAAACUCAAACUCUUCUGUCUGGACCAUCAGCAGCCAGUGUGUCUCAUCUGCAGAGACUCAGAAAAACACACCAACCACAGAUUCAGACCCAUCGAUGAAGCUGCACAACAACACAAGAAGGAACUUCAGGAAACUCUGGAGUCCUUAAAGAAGAAGUUGAAGGUUUGUGCAGAACUUCAAGUGAAGUUUGAUCAAAUAGCAAAACACAUUAAUGUCCAGGCCCGACACACAGAGAGUCAGAUUAAGAAGCAGUUUAAGAAGUUUCACCAGUUUCUAGCAGAGGAAGAGGAGGACAGGCUGGCUGCACUGAGGGAGGAAGAAGAGCAGAAGAGUGGGAUGAUGAAGGAGAACAUGGAGGCUCUAAGCAGAGAGAGAGCAGCUCUUUCAGACACAGUCAGAGCCACAGAGGAGGAGCUGAGAGCUGAAGACGUCUCAUUCCUGCACAACUACAAGGCUGCAGUGGAAAGAGUCCAGUGCUGCCCCCUGCUGGAUGAUCCACAGCUGCCCUCAGGAGCUCUGAUAGACCAGGCCAAACACCUGGCCAAUCUGACCUUCAACAUCUGGAACAACAUGAAGGACAUGGUCUCCUACACUCCUAUCAUUCUGGACCCAAACACUGCUCAUCCAGAACUCAUCCUGUCUGAGGAUCUGACCAGUGUGAGACGAGGAGAUGAACAACAGCUUCCUGAUAAUCCAGAAAGGUUUGAUCGGUUCUACUCUGUCCUGGGCUCUGAAGGCUUUGACUGUGGUAAUCACAGCUGGGAUGUUGAGGUUGAAUACAGCACAUGGUGGAACCUGGGUGUGUUUGCAGAGUCUGAGAAUAGGAAGGGAGACAGAUUGUCUGGAUUAUGGAGAAUAAGGUUCUAUGAAGGUAAAUAUUACGCAUGGUCACCAUCAGCUGCAGACACUGCUUUCUCAGUACAGAAGAAGUUUCAGAGGAUCAGAGUGAAUCUGAACUGUAACAGAGGAAAGCUGUCGUUCUCUGAUCCUGAUACUAACACACACAUACACACCUUCACACACAAUUUCACUGACAGGAUGUUUCCAUUCAUUAACACUGUGGUUGGUAAAUUGAAGGUUCUGCUGUAGAAGGUGUCAGUGUAAAUUAAUUCAUUAUAAUUAUAUUUUAAUGUUGUUACAAACCUGUUAAACUGCAGCUGUCCUCCUGCUGCCUUAUUGUUCCAAAGAUCUUUAUUACUCACACUGUUCUCACUCUUUCUUUGUUUCUGCCGUCCACUUUUUCACCUGGAAAAUCAUUUUACUGUUUCUCAUUGAAUGAUCCCCAAACUACAUUUAAAAUUUCAUCAAGUUUCUAAUCUGUGAUGAUGUCAGAAGUUAGAAAGCUAUCUGACCAACCAGCAGCACACUGUUUAUUUUAUUGGCAGUUUUUUGAAUACAUGUAAUGUGUAUGGGCAAUGUGAAUACAAAAUUACAUUUAUAACCUUGAUGAUGGAACUAAAGUAUAAGGAGAGAUAGGAUAUAUAGAACUUUAUUAAAUAGAAGUACACUGGAGAAGAAAUAAUGUUUCUAGAAUGAUGCAUUGUGAUAUGUAAACUGUGUCCAAUAUAAACUUUGAUUAUUGUUUCUCUGUAAUUAAUAUUUCUGAAUACUGGAUUGCCAUAAUCACAUGAUUAACUCUGUCUUUUCUUUGUUUUGUCUUUGGAAUCAUUUUUAUGAAUGAUUUUUUAAAAAAACUAAUAAAAACAAACAUUAACAAUCAACAAACAAUUCAUGAUGAAAAGAUCCUUUUUCUGAAAAAUCAAGCCGCUGUACUGAGAAAAACUAACCAGGCUAAACACAUUUAUGUGAAGUUUGUCUCCAUGGAUGAUCACAGGACCAUCAGAACAAAAUGAACAUGUGUGAAGAACACAAGAAAUACUUCUCCCUUUCAGCGUGACAGGAAAACAGGAACAAUUAAACAGAUUUCAGACACAAUAACCAACUGUGACCUCAAGAUGGCACCAGCUGAUCUGAGAUGCUUUAUUGCACAGAACACUGCUGCUCUGAGAAGUCAUCGGAGACUGCCUUGUGUUUUCUGACAACUCCCAGAUGAAUGCAGAUGAACAUUAAAGUGUAAGAUGGAGUUAUGCCACAUGUACUAUACAAGAAAUAACUUAUCCUCAAUGCAGAAGAUCCACACGGACGCCUGAUCAGAGCCUCUAGCAUUAGCAACUUAUUUAAAGCAUUUAUUAUAACUGAUUUAUCUGUAACUGUUCUGCAAGUUCACCAGCUUAUCUUAUCUUUGUUUUGUUUUGCCACAUUAAAUGACUUCAGCCUUACACCAAGAGGGCAGGGCGGAUUGAUCCAAAUAUCAAUAGUAUCAAUCUUGAAAGGGGAUUUGUGAAACGGAAAAAAAGGCUGUUUGAAGGAAAUGAAAGCAAGAGAGCUGUUUAAAUAAAAUUAAGACCACCGUUCUCAGCAUGUCUGCAUGGGCAGUGGAAAGUUCCAUACAUUUAAGUACUCGUAAAACUCAGAAUUCAACCCCACUAUAAAUAAGUGGAAGACAUAGUGUGCUUUAGUCCUACUCUGUCCACUGCUCUCUACACUGCGCUGUAGAGAGCACAACUGCUUGCAAGUAAAACCUUUUCUGAGACGCUGUGAUCAUUGCUUAAGUAUUUUGAUGAAAAAUUCUUCUGACUGUAUCACAUCCAACAUUAAAUGACAAUGAUGUAUGU